CUCAAGUCGAAAUUCCCAAGUCUGACGAGUCUAACCCUCAACUUCAACAAAACUCCCACAACGCAACUCGGUGGGAACAGCAUCUGCCUCACAUAUAUACACAUACCGAGUCGCUUAGAGGCCCGAACUGCACUCGUCAAGGUUCAGUUCCGUAACGACUUCUCGAAGACUCAUAUCGCUGAUCGAGAACCUUCAGAAGCGUCAAGUGACGGAAGGACGACAGAAGAUCAGACAUCGUUCUGCAGCCCAUCUCGCGUCUUUUAUAGCAGAGCUUUGUAUUGCAAUGGUGGAAACACGCGCUUCCAAGGCAAAGAAGGCUGAGGAGCAGCAGAAGGGUGCUGCUCCCGAGAAGUCGGGCGACGUGGUGCCGAUGGAGACGGAGAAAAGCGAAGAAGAGAAGAAGGCUGAGAGUAAUGCCCUGGUUCUAGCAGACAUCAAGCAGAAUCUGGCUUUGCUCGAUCGUGCCGUAGCCACCCUUGAAAGUCGGUUCACAACCCGCGCAUUGCGAGCCACCGCGUCAAUCAGGAAGCGAUUGAAUCAGGACCUACUGGCUCAAGCUAUUGAAACUCAUGUUCCACAAGAAAAGAAGGGUGGGCUCCUUAAGUGGGUCGGGAAGAGUUCCGAUGCUAUGGACGUGGAUCAACCUGCGACUGAUGGCAAAGAGAGCAAGACUUUCCUUCCCGAACAUGAGAUUUACCUGAACUACCUAGUUUUGCUCUGGUUGCAUGACCAGCACCAAAACGAGAAGGGGAUGCAAUUGGUGAGCACCCUCGUAGAGCACGCUCAAGCGCUGAACCGUCGCACUCUGGACCAGCUUUCCGGACGUCUGUACUUCUAUCUGGCAAGGUUCCAUGAGCUUUCGAACACAAUGGCCAGCGCUCGCCCGGUUCUCUUGGCUGUGCAGCGUACCGCCACCCUCAGGCAUGACGACGACACGCAGGCGACCAUUUUGAACUUGUUGCUUCGAAACUACUUGCAUUUCAACCUAUACGACCAAGCAGACAAGCUUGUCUCGAAGACGGUCUUCCCGGAGGGUGCUUCCAACAACCAAAUCGCCCGCUACAUGUACUACCUCGGUCGCAUUAAGGCAAUUCAGCUGGACUAUACCGCAUCGCACCGGCAUUUGCUGCAGGCAAUCCGAAAGGGUCCCACGAGCCCGGCGAGCGCGGGUUUCCAGCAAGCUGUCAAUAAACUUGCGAUCAUCGUGCAACUUUUGAUGGGGGAGAUCCCUGAUCGGGCGAUCUUCCGUCAGCCCAUGUUACGGAAGUCGUUGGUUCCGUACUUGCAGAUUACGCAAGCUGUGCGAAUUGGAGACCUUGCCAAGUUCCAAGAAACCCUCGGACAGCACAAUGCCACCUUCAGGACUGACAAGACCCUCACUUUGAUCCUUCGUCUUCGCCAUAACGUCAUCAAAACCGGUGUCAGGAUGAUCAGCCUGUCCUACUCCCGCAUUUCUUUGAGGGAUAUCUGCUUGAAGCUGCAGCUGGACAGUGAGGAGGAUGCGGAAUACAUCGUCGCGAAGGCAAUAAGAGACGGCGUCAUCGACGCUUCCAUCAACCACGAAGAAGGCUACGUCAAAUCUAAGGAAAACGUUGACAUCUACUCAACGAACGAGCCGCAGCACGCCUUCAAUCAAAGAAUCACCUUCUGCUUGAACCUGCAUAACGAGAGUGUCAAGGCACUACGCUUCCCACAAGAUGCUCACCGCAAAGAGCUCGCUAACGCCACCGCAUUGCGCGAGGAGGAGCGGAAGCUGGCGAAGGAAAUCGUGGAUGGGGAGAUGGGGGAUGAUGAUGAUAUGGGUGGAGACGAGUGGUAGAAGUGUGGUUUCAUGGGAAAGACACCUAAUUGGAACGCUUUUCAUUGGCUGCUUUUGCAACGUCGUCGUCGCGCCUAUAUACCUUGUGGAAAUGAAUGCAAGAUGAAAGGUUCCUUC